AUGCGUGUUGAUGAAGAGCAACAGCAAUUCUUUCGCAAUGUGACUCUAUACGAUCUGAUUGAAGCGGCAAACAAGGAGAAGAACUAUACGAGGAAUGCAGAUUGGGAUGUCUCAAUCGGAAAGAUCUUUGAUCUCCUCAUCGUCUCCGCCGUUCCAGCUGUCCUCGUUUUCUCUCUUUGCUGUUUUCUCGCUUGCCUCUUGAUUCGACGAUUUGACGGAACUGGUAGAAAUCGCCGGAAUGGAGGUGUAGAGGGCGAUUGUUCUCAGACUCCCUCCCCACCACCCACAUAUUCUAUUGCUUGUUCGUCUGCGCAUAUACCUCCUCCACUAUAUGAGGACAUCUAUAAACAGCGACAAACCUCACUUCCACCACCCAAUUACAGAAAUCCCUCUUCCCUUCCCUCCGUUGAUCUUCUACAAGUGCCACCGACGAAGCCGUCUAGA